AUCAACGUCGUACCAAAUCUUCUUUCACUGUCACCUCUCAGUUGUUGUCACCUAACAUAUACACCUUUCUCAAUUCUACCGAAAAACUCUUUGUCCGAUUCUUCAAAACCAAAAAUCUAGUAAUUUCUUAACUUUUUCCAUACACCCUUUUAAUCCAUUUAAACAUUAGUAUCAAAUUUAUUUCAUUAUUUCAAGACUCAAUUUUUAUCAGUUUAGCAGAAAAUUGGUCAUGGGUUGUUCUAUAAAGCAAUCACCUUUAUCAAUCACACCUUCUGAUUUUAUUCCCAAAAGGGGUUUUCAUUUUAAUUCAAAUCUUGGAGUUUUACCAAAAACAAAGAUUCAAAACUGUGAUUUUUCAACCAAGAAACCUCUUUACAUAUCAUCUGUUACAAAAUUUGGUUCUUUUUCAAGAAUUGGAACAAUUUGCAAAGCAUAUGAAGCUGAUAAAUCACAGCCGUUGGAUAAAAACAUUGAGUUACCAAAAUCAUCAGAGGCUGCUGCUCAGAGGGUUAAAAUCAGUAUAUAUUUUGCUACAUGGUGGGCUUUGAAUGUUGUUUUUAAUAUAUAUAAUAAGAAAGUUCUUAAUGCUUAUCCUUUUCCUUGGUUGACUUCUACUCUAUCCCUUGCUACUGGCUCGUUGAUUAUGUUAAUUUCAUGGGUUACAAGAAUUGCUGAAUUCCCAAAAACGGAUCUUGAGUUUUGGAAGAAUCUGUUUCCGGUUGCAGUUGCUCAUACCAUUGGGCAUGUAGCAGCAACUGUUAGUAUGUCUAAAGUUGCAGUGUCUUUUACUCAUAUCAUCAAGAGUGGUGAACCGGCUUUUAGCGUAUUGGUUUCGAGGUUUUUGCUUGGUGAGACUUUCCCGCUUCCGGUUUAUUUGUCGCUUGUGCCAAUCAUUGGUGGUUGCGCACUUUCAGCUGCUACUGAGCUCAAUUUCAACAUGACUGGUUUUAUGGGGGCGAUGAUAUCAAAUCUUGCAUUUGUGUUCCGGAAUAUAUUCUCAAAGAAAGGAAUGAAGGGGAAGUCUGUUAGCGGGAUGAACUAUUAUGCGUGUUUGUCCAUUAUGUCUCUGUUAAUUCUUACACCUUUUGCAAUUGCAAUGGAGGGCCCCCAGAUGUGGGCGGUAGGAUGGGAAAACGCCCUCUCUCAAAUUGGACCCAAUUUUGUUUGGUGGGUGGCCGCGCAGAGCAUAUUCUAUCACUUGUAUAACCAGGUGUCAUAUAUGUCCUUGGAUGAGAUUUCUCCCCUGACGUUUAGCAUAGGAAAUACAAUGAAGCGGAUAUCUGUCAUAGUUUCCUCCAUCAUAAUCUUCCAAACACCCGUUCGGCCCAUCAACGCACUUGGAGCCGCCAUCGCGAUCCUGGGAACCUUCAUUUAUUCACAAUCAAAACAAUAAGGUGCUUUACUAGAGGGCGAUGAUGAUCCACUUGAGGCGACCGGAUUUUGUUGAUCGGAGGGUUCAUUUUCUAUUUUUUGAUUGGAUUUUUUCUCCAGUUAGAUUUUUCUUCCUCUUUUUCUUUCUCCUUGGGAUGAGGUAGAUAUGCAAGUUGUUGGAAAAUAAUAUGUAGCAAAUGACUAGACGGCUGGUAUUCCUUAAAUUUGUAUGUAGAGGCAAAGUUAAGUAUUU